AUGCGAGGCGUCCAAGUCUUCUCCGGAAGGUCUCAUCCGGCGCUUGUCGAGUCUAUCUGCGAAAGACUGGGCUCUUCGCCCGCCAAAUGCGAAUUGGGCAACUUCGCAAACGGAGAAAUCAGCGUCCAGAUAGGCGUCUCCGUUAGAAACGAAGAUGUCUUCAUCGUGCAGAGUGGAAGCCCUCGCAUCAACGACAGUGUCAUGGAAAUGCUCAUCAUGAUUGCUGCAUGCAAGGGCGGCUCAGCAAAGUCCAUCACCGCCGUCAUUCCCUACUUUCCCUACUCUCGCCAAUCCAAGAAGAAGAGCCAUCGAGGCGCCAUCACUGCGAAAAUGCUGGCCAACCUCAUGGUGGUAGCAGGAGUGGACCACGUCAUCACUGUGGACCUUCAUGCCUCGCAGAUGCAAGGGUUCUUUGGCAAGCCUGUCGACAACCUAUUUGCCGAACCGAUUAUUGCUCGGUGGAUCAAGGGCAACGUUCCCCGCUGGCACGAUGCAGUCGUGGUGAGCAAGAAUGUGGGCGGCACCAAACGAGUCACCUCACUCGCCGAUGCCCUGAAGCUCAGCUUCGCCCUUGUAUCCACCGACAAAGAUCGUUCCAGACAUUCACACCACCACAACGGUUUAGCGGACAGCACCGUAUUCUUCGAUGCCAUUGAGCCACAGUCCAUCCGCUAUCGCGACAACCUGCUGGAUGGGGACGACGCCGACGAUGCCGACAGCGAAUCCGAAAAGUCACACAACAGGGGGCUUCCGCACCGUGCGAGGGCCAGGGUUCCCCUACUGAAUGGUGUCAACCGCUCCGGCGUUGGCAGGCCCAAGGCAGUCACCAUUGCGUCAAGCCCCCUGGUCCAGGCGGCAAGGGUGGAGUCUCCCUCCCCUGCUGCGUCGCCCGACCCGUCCCCCCGAAUUGAGGCAGUUCCCAGCGCACGUCGACCCUCCGAAUACGAAGCUAGCGAAGCACACAACGAUCAGCGGGCACGCGAUGUAGUCGUGGGUCGGCUGAUUCAAGGGCACUUGGUGGACGAAGACCAUCCCUCUUCGGCAAUGUCAAGCAUGUCAGCUUCCCUUGCCAAUUUUAUGGGCGAGCGAUCUCUGCAAGACGGGCCAGAUCCCCCCACCAACGACCCCAUGACUUCUUCCUUUGUAUCCAAUGCCUCGUCUUUUCAACCUGAACAUGCGCUUGGUGGGACAUUUGACGCAGCCGCAACGUCGGAUGAGGAAGAGGAGGGCAUCAAGAAUCCCGACCUGGAACACACCAUCACCUUGGUAGGAAAUGUCAAGGACAAGACAGUGCUCAUGAUGGACGACAUCGUCGAUCGGUCUGGUUCGUGGAUUGCGGCCGCCGAAACCUGUGUCAAGAUCGGCCAUGCCAGAAAGGUGUACUGUAUCGCAGUCCAUGGACUAUUUGGCGAAAACUCCCUGGAGGAGUUGGAAGCAUGCGACUACAUUGACUAUAUCGUCGUGACCAAUACGUUUCCCCUAGCGCCUGAGCGGAUCCGUGCCUCGAAGAAACUGAUAAUGAUCGACCUCUCGAAUCUCCUGGCAGAAGCCAUCCGACGCAAUCACCACGGAGAGGAUAUGUCGGCGCUGUUUCAGUUGAAUGCAUGA